AUGGCGCCACAUCAGCGAGCAGCCCGCCACAACACCCAAAAUGAUGAGAUGGCUACACCGACAGAAGACAUCAGGAGCGACGAGCUCAUGCUGGACCUGAGCAAGUAUAUCCUGCUCCUGGCAACGCUGGUAGCAACGGUGACAUACGCGGCAGGGUUCACCCCGCCAGGCGGCGUCUGGCAGGAAACGGAUGACGCGGCCGGCCACGUCGCCGGCGACUCAAUCAUCCGGACCACCAACAACGGCCGGUACCUGGUGUUCUACUACUGCAACGCCACUGCCUUCGCCUCCUCUCUCGUGGUCAUCGUCCUCGUCCACCUGCUCACCCUCCUGCACGAGAGGAAAGGUAACCACAUGAGGAGCAUCAAGCCAUUGCAGGCGGUCAUGGUGUUGGACCUGGUGAGCGUCAUAGGGGCCUACGCCGCCGGCACCUGCCGGGACAAGACCACCACCAUCUACACCUUGGUGCUAGUGGGUGUCUUAUUGGUCUGCCUCGUCGUUCAGAUGGCGCCGGCCUCGUUUUCGGUCUAUCAGAAACUGCAAGUGUACUCCAGGUCCAGCAGCGGCACUAACGUUGAUAAACGGCUCCGGAAGGUCUUGAUGCUGCUCGCGACGUUUGCGGUGAGCGUCACCUACGUGGCCGGGAUGAGCACACCGGGUGGCUUCUGGGACGCCGGGAGCGGCCACCCCCCCGGCCACGCGAUCCUCAAGGAUGGCCACGGCGCCCGCCUGACGGUGUUCCUGUGCUUCAACACCGCUGCGUUCGUCGCGUCGAUACUCAUCAUCGUGCUGCUACUGGACAAGAAGGCUCUUGCCAAUGAGGCCUACGGCUGCAUCACUGUCGCACUGAUCAGCCUCGUCGGCGCGUACACCGCCGGCAGCUGCAGGGAGACGGACACCACCGUGUAUGUCUCCAGCCUGGUUGGUGCCGUCCUGAUAUUCAUUAUAUUCCUCCAAAUUGCAGUUGUUAAAGGUUGGAUCGAAGCCGCAAAGACAAGAUGCUUUCCCAACAAAAUCGAAACAAUAUCCGCCGGUUCUUCGCCAGAAAUUUUGCCAAUAAUAACAAGUCAACCUCCAGGGGCAGGGAGUAAUGACAGCAAGACAGUGGAAGUAGACAAGGCCAGCUCCCUUGUUCUAUUGCUCGCCACUCUUGCAGCAACCAUCACUUACCAAGCGGGGCUGAGCCCGCCGGGCGGCGUUUGGCCAGAAAAUGCAGACGGCCACAUGGCCGGCGACCCGAUCCUGCUGACCACGAACCCUGGGCGAUUCAAGGUGUUCUUCUACUCCAACUCCAUCGCCUUCGUGGCAUCCUUGGUCGCCAUCAUCUUGGUCCACAGCAAGCCUCUUCUCCAGACCCACGUGCUGGAGGCGGCUAUGAUACUGGACUUGUUUGGCCUCAUCGGUGCCUAUGCCGCUGGGAGCUGCCGGGACGUCAGCAGCUCCAUCUACGCCAUGGCCUUGGCGGGCGCCGUGCUGGUCUACGUGGUGAUCCAUGUCGUAUUCUUCACCCUAGACAAAACCGACACCAUGACCGGCCCGGAGAAAGAGGUGGUUGAGAAGAGGCGCAAGCGGCUGCUCCUCUUCGCGGUCCUGGCCGCCACCAUCACUUACCAAGCCGGCUUGACCCCUCCGGGCGGCUUCCGGCUGCAGGACGAUGGUGACCGUGCAGAUGCAGGUGACCCGGUCCUCUUGUACAACUCUCCCCACCGCUACACCGCAUUCUUCUACUGCAACUCGGUGAGCUUCAUGUUGUCCAUCGCCCUCAUCAUACUACUCGUCAACCCACAUCUAUACAGGCCCGCCAUAAGAAGCUAUGCGCUCUCUAUUUGCUCCGGGGCGGGCAUGUUUGCUCUCAUGGGGGCCUAUGCUGCCGGAAGCACACAACAUCUCAGAACAUCCAUCUACGUCUUCGUCUUGGUGGUGGUGGUCAUGCUUGUAAUAGCUGGAGUGGUCCUCUAUAGUGAGAAGGACAGAAAUGGAAGCACCCACGUCGGUGAUCCGAAGCCACUGAAUGGCGACCUCCAAGGGAAGAAGAAGCACGCUGAGCGCAAAUACCUUAUGAUUCUAGGGAUCCUUGUGGCGAGUGUCACCUACCAGGCUGGUCUGAGUCCACCUGGGGGAACUUGGCAGAGCAACAGCGACUGGUACAGUGCAGGCAAUCCGAUCUUGCAUGACAACAGGAGGUCCCAGUACCUUGCUUUCUUCUACUGCAACUCCACCUCCUUCGUGGCCUCCAUUGUUGUCAUCGUCCUGCUGCUGCCGCAAUGGCGGAACGGCAAUGAGUUGUCGCUCAAGGUAAUGAAGACGGCCAUUUUCCUCGAUCUGCUCGCUCUCCUGGGGGCAUAUGCAGGCGGCUCCAGCAGGGGGUGGAAGACCUCGGUCUAUGUUGUGGCGCUGAUCAUCGCCGUGCUGGCCUACGUGCUGAUCCAUAUAAUGCUGGCAUUUUCGUGUUGUCGUACUGGUACUGAUGUUGUCAGUCCCCGGGACAACAAUAAUGUUGGCGAUCAAGGAAUUGCUCCUCCACCACAUGAGCAAAUCAACGUGGGGACUGAGGCACCUGGAUUAUCAGUCCAUACUAGAGUCAUGUAA